AUGCUAUUCCCACUCACCUCGGGUCGCCUCGCCUCCCCGUUACACCUUCGUUUCUCCCCAUUCCCUCCUCCCAUCUGCACGUCUGCCCUCAAGUUGUGCGCUAAAACAUCAACUCACCCUCACAAACACGCAUACACACAAGAACAGGCACACAACAGACAUACAUGCUUUAGUGAACAAAACACACGCUCAGUCGCGACACUUUGGCAGGACCAAUAUCUUUGGACGGGAGAGGUGACGCCAAAAAAUCAUCAAUUUCCAACAUUUGGUCAAAGAAGUCCUGGCCGGAGCUACUCAUUUACACAAAUGUGUGAUUCGAGUGGGUGGCAGAGGGGAGGUGUGCAUGAGCCGGAGGACCGAGGCCCACACAACCUGCUGUCUCAGAUGGGACAGUUGCCGGGCGGUCGGCUCCAAAAUUUUGCCCAACUUGCUGGGAACCUGAAGGCAAUUUAG